AUGUCGCUGAUCCACGCCCUCGUUGCACAGGGCUCGACUAUACUCGCAGAGCAUGCGGCAGGCCAACGGGACUUCUCGCAAGCAACACAGACUAUCCUAUCUAAGAUACCUCCGAAUAACAGCAAGCUCACCUAUGUUUGGGAGCAAUACUUGUUUCAUUAUAUCUCAGAAGAUGGCUUCACCUACUUGACUAUGGCGGAUGAUGCCGCAGGCAGGAGGAUGCCAUUCACUUUCUUAACCGAGUUGCAACGCAAGUUCUUGUCCGGCCCGUCCUCGUCUUCGGCACAACAGGGUGCUCCGAACCCCCCAUAUGCAUUCCAGGGCUCGUUUGGUCCGACCAUUGCAGAACUCAUGCACCAAUACAACACCGCGCCACCCACGGACGAACUGCAGCGUGCACAAGCGGAACUCGCACAAGUAAAGGACAUCAUGGUCCAGAACGUCGAGCAGAUACUUUCUCGGGGCGAGCGCAUUGAACUGCUUGUGGACAAGACCGACAACAUGGCUCACCAGGCGACUGCGUUCCGACGGGGCGCACGGCAAGUCCGUAGGCAAAUGUGGUGGCGAAACAAGCGUGUUCUCGCGCUCGGGGUCCUCGUAGCAAUCGUCAUCUUGUACAUCAUUCUUGCCCAGUUCUGCGGUGCUGCCCUCCACUGUACUGCUUAG